AUGGCCAGCUCCCCCGUGUCCCGCGUGGUCUACAACGGGAAGCGGAGCGGCGGCCCGCGCUCCCCCGGCGCCGGCAGCGAGAUCUUCACGCCGGCCCACGAGGAGAAUGUGCGCUUCAUCUACGAGGCCUGGCAGUGCGUGGAGCGCGACUUGCGCAGCCAGAUGGGCUCUGAGCGCGGCCUGGUGGAGGAGUAUGUGGAGAAGAUGCCGAACCCUAGCCUCAAAGCGUUUAAACCUGUUGACCUGGGUGAUCUGAAGAGGAGGAACACACAGGAUGCAAAGAAGUCCUAAGGCGAGUCCUCCCUGUGGAUCGGCAGCUCUCCUAAGGUCCUCAAGCAGAUUUAAUUUGAGAUUUUGUGUUGAUUUCCUCCUCUGGUCUGUACUCCCAAAAGCCCGCGGGAGAGCCAGUCAGCUUUGGGGCUGGCUCUGAAGCUACCUGGAAUCAAAAGAUGCUCAGGGGCUUGCUGAGGAUGCCCAGAGCCUGUUGCAAAGGAUUCCAGUCCCCCACUCAUAGCUUUCUCUGGCCUCAGGCUGUCCUUCCCCACUUCAUCCUGGGCUCCUACAUCUCCUGUUCUUCUUCCAUCUCUGCGUCUGGCACACUGAGCUCAUGGGCUCCUUGGGUUCUGCUGCGUGGCCAGGCAGAGCCAAGUGGCUCUGUUGUUGGUAAGGGCAGUGCUAGUUCUCUGCUCCUUUCUUGCACCAGGCUACACAGCUGCUGGGGCAGGCUAGGGGGAGAAGGGAGACUUGGAUCUGUCCUUGUGCCUGGGAACAGACCAGCAGCCCCAGUUCAACACCCCUUGUGCAGCUGAUUUCUGGGCAGGGCACACUCCAGCUGUUCCUUGCUCCCUUGUGGGAGUGUUUAAUUUGUACCUGUGCUGCUGGUGCUUGGGACCCAUCAGUGCUGCCAGAGCUCCUGGCUCUGUAUUCGGGGCUGGAUUUUCAUUGUGCUUAGGUCAGGCCGGGUCCCUGUGGUGCUUGAAGUGGAGCUGCUCCUCUCCCGACAGAGGGAGAUGGGAAUGGGGGUCAGCCUUGGCUGUAGCCCCAAGCACCUGAGAGGUGCUUGGAUGGGAUGCUGGGCUGCGUUCAGCCCCUCCUGGCUCAGUGCUCUGGCAGCUUCAGGAGAGGUGGCAGCAGUGGGGUUGGGGGGGUCAGCUGGUGCUGACUGUGGAAAGAGGCAUAUUGGCAUCCUUGCUCGAGCAGCGCUGUGCUCUUUUAUACUAACACCCUUUUCCAGGCGCGUGCCCUCAGAAGAGACCUGAUCUCUGCAGCUGGCAGAAAUGCCACUGCAGGGGCCUGCCACAGCCGGUAUAACUUGCCCUGGUGGGGGGCAAUCUGGGCACCCUCCCUCCUGGCAAGGCUCAGAUGGUUUCUGCAUCAUCACCACUGAGCGAGGGAGAGCAGCAGUGCCAUCCUGACCUGUCUGAGCAGACCAGCCAUGCCCACUGUGCCUCUGUGCCCGCAGUAACCUGUGGGGAGCAGCCCCCUGCCUGCCCAUGCUCUGAGCUGGCAGGAAGGGGGCUGUCAGGGCCUGCCCAGCACCAGUGGCUUCAGGAGGGGGUUGGGGGGGAGCUAGGUCUGCCAUUACCUUUCCUUUGUUGAGUCGUUGAGCUGUACUGUUCCCUUUCUUUUUUUUUUUUUUCUGUUGUCUGUCACUUGAGGAGUGUUGUAAAUAAA